GGUCUGCAUCAGUUCAGUAGUUGUGAGCAUCGAGCGAGACAGAUCAGCAGGAGUCAACAUAGCACAGGAGCCAUUCUCAUUAAUAUAACCGGCUCUCUCUGUCAGUCAGAUGUGUGCGGCAAAGCCUCCCUCAACACAAAACUUUCUGGACGGGGACAUGCGACUGCAGGGUCUUGGCCUUGGCAAGUUAGCCUUCGAAAAUCCUCCAACACCAACCAUUACUGCGGUGGAAGUCUCAUCAGUAAAAGAUGGGUUUUGACUUCAGCUCACUGCCUCCAAGGCGCUCUUAUAGAUUACAUGGUGGCAUACUUGGGACGUCAAAACCAAACAGGACAAAACCCAAAUGAGAUAAACAGAAAAGUGAGUCAAGUGUACAUACAUCCUAGUUAUAACAGUUUUACAAAAGACAACAACAUCGCUCUAGUGCAGCUCUCCUCUACUGUGAAUUUCACGGAUUACAUCAGACCCGUCUGUCUGGCUGGUGCCAACAGCUCAAUCGCAGCAGGUACUAAGAGUUGGGUCACAGGAUGGGGAACACUCGUCGAUAAAUCCGACGAACUUGUACAGUUGCAGCAGGUGCCAGCACCCAUUGUCAACGACAGUGUUUGCCAUGCAUCCUGUUAUAAAGUGAUCACAGACAACAUGAUAUGUGCUGGAGAGUUACUGCGGACAGAAGCAGACGCUUGUCAGGGUGACUCCGGAGGACCACUGGUUAGUAAGAAGGGCUCCCAGUGGAUCCAGUCUGGAAUUGUGAGUUUUGGUGAAGGCUGUGGGGAACCGUUGUGUCCUGGCGUGUACACAAGAGUGUCUAAAUAUCACUCCUGGAUCAGAUCUUACACAACUGGUCACGAGCCUGGAUUUAUCGAUUUCAUCUCUGUUUCUGGCUUCAACAGAAACACAUUCAAUCACUUCUUGCUUUCUCUGUCCCUCUCAAUUUCCAUCAUUCCUCUUAUUUGCCCCUUUAUUUAUUAUUAAAGACAUUAUUAUUCCAUCAUC